AUGGCGGCAGAGCGAAAGUCGCUGCUGGAAGCAGUCUUUGACCACUUGGUCUUGCCAUCGAAGCUUCCAGCCGCACCAGAAGACGACCCUGCCCUGCUCAACUGGGAGGUUGCUACCCGCCUGAUUACAGCAUGCAAGCAGCUUCAGAGCACAGAUCUAACCGGUCACUGGAAGACUUUGGAGACUUGUCUGUUGCUGACACGCAAACACCACCGUCCGGCCUCGGUCGAGACGCUGGUCGCAACUUUGUCUACCAUUGCGCAGGGUGACGGCGCGAACUGGCUUGCCCUACAUAUUGCGCAGCAAAAUGCUGCCAUUAUUAUCCAUAAAAAUGUCGAAACCGAUGAGGUCGUGUUUGAGGCAUUCGAGGUGUCGGCCUCUGCUCCUGCCGUGCUCGAAGCCAAGUACGCCCUCCUAUGGCCCUUUCCUUGUCGCGCUGUCGCCAUCCCAAUGACCGAGUUCGCCAAGCCAUUGCUGCAAGAAACAAUAGCCAGAUUCAUGGAGCAGGCCACGGAAAUUACCUUUGAUCAAUUUGCCGCCCGAGCCUUGAAGGGGAACAAGCUCGUCGUCGAAACACGCGACACGCCGAGCCCGGCACUCGUUACAGAGAUGCUCAUGUCCUUUCUGCAGGCUAUGGGAAGGGAAUUUCCGGUCACUACGGUGCAAAAGCGCGUCAGAGACGAUGUAGUAUUGGGAUCAUCAGAGCAGCCCUGGAGACGUUCGCCGUAUUGGCUGUUGCUUCGUGUCUUUGCUCAGCGAUUCAUGGUGGACGUAUUCGAUCCGGAUCCAUGUGCGAGCCGCAUUCGCUACAAGCUGCUCAUGUGCAUCGUCUUGGCUCAUCUGCUCGCCGAGUGCCAAACGAGUCUGCACCCGGAGCGGGUACUGCUGCUGCAAGCGAAGCUUUGCCGUCGGCUCGCGAAAUUGCAAACAGAGAUUGCAAACGCUCCGGCAGAGGUUCGACAGAGCUACGGAAAACAAUUCUUCGAGCAAAAAAGGUUUUUCGAAUGGACUGUUACAACGGCCAAGCAUGUCGUCGAGGCCCUUUGGGAGGAGCACAAACGAAAGACGGUGCGGCCAAUUCCUCUUCUCCCACGGAGUGCCGAUCAAAGCGACCUGGUCCUCCAGCUUGCAAAUAGCGGCCCAAAACUCAGAGAGCUUCUCUCAGCAAACAUCGCCCUGCCUCAGCGUACUUCGGUGCUCAGCGUUCCGUCGCAGGCAGAAGGAACAGUAGAGCAAGUCAAUAAGGUCGCGACUCAGCACUCCAAGCUUGUAAAAGCUGCUCAGAAAGCCAAGUCAGAGCUACAGAAGUCAUUUCUCACACCUGAGGACUCAUGCUUGAGGAUGGCUCGGGCGAUUACGACCUACAUGGGUGCGGUGGGAAGCCAGUAUGCUGACGACGCUAUACUCACGAGCCAGUAUUUACUCAAUCUGUUUGAGUUGUGGGUUUUCAUGGACCUUGGAGCUAUCAGCAUUUUUCCAGCACUCAAAGAAUACCACCCAGUAUUUGUGCCCGAGGCUCUCGACAUGCUCUGCUUUAUAGAUAAGAGUGACAUGGCUCGACUUCGCAAAGUGCAACAACACAUUGCCGAGCGCAUCGCACUCUGUUCUGACCCUACGCAAACCAUCUUUACCGACCCCAUGAACAAGGCCGCAUUUGCUACGACAUACAUGAGAGAGUAUGGGGAGCAAUAUGGACUGGAAUCCCUCAGGGAGCGGAUUGAGGCGGCGUCUGUCAAGUCUGUCGAGGUCAAACGUCGAGAGCUCACCCAAAUCAUGUCCAAGCACCAACAGUUGACGGCCGAGAUGCAAAGUUUCCAUUGUGUGUGCAAGCGGCAGCGCGACGGCAGCCUCGACGUCCGCGGAUGCACCCGAUGCUACAAGGCACGAACUCGCGCGCGCCUCGAUAUCAAAGUUCACGAAGAGUUCCUCCCCCGAAAGAAUACACAUAAAGCUGCUGUUUUGCUGGAGCUAGAUAUACCUGAGUUUUUGGCGGCAUAUCGCGAUGCUACUUGGCGCCUGGCAAUGCUGGGGUGGGAGAACCAGACGAGACAACGUGACGCGGUCAUUGUCUUGGCCGACUUUGAGCCUUUGAAGCUGUGGCAGAAUAAGACCAAGUCAAGCACCUCGAUUACACUAGCUUCCCAGAGUAAAGCCUAUCUGCAAACCCACUAUAGGAAGCUGAAGAUGCCGACGAAGGAAGUCGAGGUGCUGCUCCCCUUCGGUCCGACAUUUGCGUACUACGACGCAGAAAACGGCAUCUGGGCAAACGACUGCAGAGACCCGCCGUGGUAUCACAAUCUACUGGGCCCAUGGCUUCCCAAAGGAAUUACAGAUCCCUUUGGUCAACCUCUGCUCUACAGAGAUGGCCACGACCACCCAAGCUCUUACGAAGUCGCCGCCAAUCAAAACAAAUGCCCUCCUGGCAUGUCCUACCAUGAGUUUGAGGCACUUCAGGGAGCCAUAUCUGGUUCGUAUAGGCGAUGGAUGGUGCUGCUGCUUGAAUUGGGGUCUACCAACCUGAACCUCAGCACUGCCUCGACGGUCAAGUGCUUCAGACGGCUGGCGUUGCAGUCUGGGCCACGGCAUGCAACAGGCAAGCGGGAUGUCCUGGGUAAAGUCCACUCCGCGUUCCAUGACAGUGGCUUUUGCGAAUCGUUGGAGCAUCAGAUUCGCCUGCGUUUGAGUGCCUUGCAGUCUGGUAGAAGAGACCUGAAUGGUAUGAGUAUUCUCACAACUUUCACCCUGCGACUGCUACACUUGGGCCCAGAGAGCAACAAACCAAACGCCACGGCUCUUCUAGAUGAGAUGCGCACUCUCCUCUCUCAGUGGAUUAGCCAGCUUCGUCAGGAAGUGAGGUCCACAGGGGACGGGGAGACGGCACGCAGGGCUGCCGCCAGCGCAGUCCAUGCAUCAUUGCUUUGUCGCCAGACCUUUAUGGGCACCUCAUUCAACGAGACUCCUCUUGGGAAGAAGGAUGCUGCGCAUUUCUUCAGAGCAUCCAUUGCGCUUUCGGAGAACCUCAUCGUAGACUUGGAUGCCGUUUCUCCAGAUCUGCAGCAGCUUCUAGCGCAAUAUCUGAGCUGGGCGAGCAGUACAAGCGACAAAAUUCAAGAGAUGACGUUUCAGAACACUUCAGUACUGGAGAAAAUAAUUAACGAAACAUGGCCACAUUUUGGAGGCUCGGAACCACGAUCAUUCUCAAGCUGGAAGUUCUGCCAUGGGGGUGAAUGGCUCGAAUGCAGGACUAUUGCGACAAAGAUUGUCUCCUCACAGACCAUCCAUUACAAUCCUCUCCAAGGUCAUCUAUUGAUAGAUGGUAAGGCCCUCGGACGACUGCCGUUCGCGAUUCAACAAGAUGCGGGCAUUUUGGAGCUUUUCCAGGGCCGUCACCUCCUCACCAGGGCUUCAGGUGUCGCCGGAAUGGAGUAUCAGAUCAUCAGCAAUGCCCACAAACACGAAGUUCAUGUCGGAAUAAGCCAAGGCGAAGUCAUCAUUCGCGCCAGAUUCGGAGUUCACCUCCUCCAGUACGUUCCCCGCCAGCUAUUUCGAAGCCAUUCCACAUCGGACCUUCCCUUGAGGCUGGUGGAUGACUGCGUGCACUGGCUCAAUCUACUCACCAGCGACCUGGAGAUUCGACGGAAGCCAGACAUAUGGGCUUCAAAAUUUUCCAACUGGGUAUUAAACGUCCCGACCAAGACGGCGACGCGCAAAGGCGUCAGGUUGACAAUGAACGGUGUGGAGAGAGGCAAGAAGUGGACAAAUCUCGUCGAGCCACAGUCGCGCGUCGGCGGGCUCAUUGCCAACAUUUUCAGACACUUUGAGGAUCCUACCAACUUGAUCAUUUAUCAGAGUGGCAACAGCCGUCUCUGGGUCGAGAUUAAGCGACUGGAGAUGCACUUCUUUGUCAACCAUGGCCUUUUGCGUUCGAACCAACUGAAGGCCGAGGUUGACCCCGUGCAGGAUAUCGGCGCGCUCUAUGGUCUGGAGAGCAAGCUUGUUCUCCGGAGCAUCACCAAUCCUCGCCAUAAAAGCGUCAUUGUUCCUAUCGGAUCCUGUUGCUGGGAGAGGAGAGGGCCGCACGUGUCGGUCAGGAUAUCAAACUCCGGGCAGUAUGCUCUCUUCACUGUCGAUCCGCUUCUAGGCAGGCUGAGUUGUGCCCCGGAGCCGGCGUUGUUUUAUUUGAAAGCUCUCAUUCAUGCCUUGACGUCGUUUCCCCUACUGGAUAAACUCACUGGGCGGACCGGAACAGAAGAGGCGUGCAGGUGCCUGACUGCCGCCCAAAGCCAGCCGUGGAAGCCACUUAAUUUGAUCCCGAGGGACACCUUGUCAACCAUCAUGAAGCUGAGUCCGAAGAGGGAGUAUUAUCCACCUCAUCUUAAACUUUACCAGCAUGUGACUUGGGAUCAAAAUUUGACGGCCACAGUCCAGCACGAGCAGCUCGCAAUCCACGCAGGCGAUAUACUACGUCAGUCACGAGCAUUGGCCACGUUUGAUGGCUCUACAAAGAACCAGGAGGCGAGUAAUAAUCUUCUACCUGACAUGAGCUCCCUCUCUCUCCGGGGUAUCCUCCGUCGUCAAAUCUACGAGCGCAUAGAGCACCCUUCCGACAUCGAACUCUUAUCCCAGGUCAGCCAGAACGAGCGUUACCGCCAACGUGGCGCAGAUUCGGAAGAAAAUGUCAGAGUGUAUCGUAGCGUCAAGCAGCUGCGAAAUGAGUCGAGCAAGCUUCCACUAGCCCAGUCUUUGUACCCAAUGCUAAAGAAGUGGCAAUCUUUCGACGGCUUCAACGAUUCGCUCGAUACGCUCAAUACCCUGGAUAUUGCGCGAAUAUUGAAUGCCGAAGCAUCGGAGAUGUUUGGGCCAUUAAUUGGACGGCUCAGGUCAUCUUCUGAUGUGGCCCAAGACCACAUCGCUCAAUUGAGUGUCGCGCUCUUUGUAUUUGGCACAGAUCGUAGCGCAAACGCCGUCGAGUGGUUGGCGGCCAUCGGAAGCAACUCUCUUUUGCUAGAAAUACAGCCACCCGACAUUGAAAGAUUCUCGAGUAUUGGUGUUGAUCAAGGCUUUAAUAAAUCGGCUAUCAGGAAGCUGGUCGUAUCUUGUCAGGACAAUUAUGCCGUGUACUUAUCAGAGGACAAAGUAGCCCGCAAGGCUCGAUCCGCUGUGGCAGCCACUGCAGACGCCUACGAUUACAAAAUCAAGCAAGAGGCUGAGAGUAUCGCUUCAUGGCUGUCUAGUUUAUGGCCCAAUGUGCCUCUCAUAGACCAAUUCCGUCUGAGAUGCAACGAACUGGGGUUGGAGGUACUGGGAGAGAAUACGUGGACUUUUUUGGAGCCCGAGCUACAACGUCUUUCACAAAACCAUGCGCUGUCGAAAUAUGUCAACUCACUCGAAGCCGCGGUCGAGUCACUACGCGAGGACGGAGACGGAGAAGGCGACAAUGGUCAUAUCCUUAUCGAGAGCGAGAGUGCCUGCCAUGUUGUUGUUCCGUCAUCUCCCCUCGUUCAUGCAGUUUCUGCGUUUCGAGUCCCAUCUAUUUCGGAGAUUUUGUGUACUAUCAAAGAACCAAUUGGGACAAGAUCUUUGGAAGUUUCCCAUCGCGGCAAGGUGCCGUCUCCAGAGGUUGCUUGUCAAACUAGGGAUGAAAGCAUUCUAAAACGACUCCCAUCCAUCUCGAGGGAGCUUUCUACACUACUUAGAUUGGUUCAGCCGUUCAAAAGUUCUCGAAAUAUGAUACAGCAGCAAUAUGGCCAAGACCUUGAAAAGUCCAUUGUGGCAAUGGCAGUGUCUCUCGAGAAGCCCAAGCCCAAAGCCGCCCCUCUCAAUUCGGAACAAGACGAUAUCGCUGCUCAAAUUGUCAGCGUCCAGCAAGACCUGUAUUCUCAAUUACAUGAUAUCAGUCAGCUCUUGACGCGACAACAUGCUUGCCACUUCUGGCUCGAUGCUGGUCAACUUUGGCCGUGCAGUUCACUUACCACGAUGCUGGAGCAGCUGCGUCUCAAAAGCUACGGAACCUUUCCACAACCACUACAACAGUCGCUCGUUCAUUUAGGCAUUUCAGUCACCAAGUUGCAACACUUGCUACGUAUAGAGGAUGCGCAAUCAGCUUGCGACGAUAAAAGGCUACGCGGAGAGUUGGAAGUCGAGGGCCACUCCAAUUGGAGCCCUGCCGACUUUCCAGAAUGGCUGCUUUUGGAAAUUGACAAUAAUAUCCUCAUACGACCAUUACAGGUAGAUGUCGCCAAGGCCAUCGUAUCUCCACAAUCGGGCCAGAACUCCGUCUUGCAGAUGAACAUGGGAACAGGCAAAACAUCAAUCGUAAUGCCAAUGGCGGCAAUCAUAUUGGCGGAUACUACCCGACUCUGUAGAGUCAUUGUCCCCAAAGCUCUGCUACUGCAGACGGCGCAGGUACUUCAGAGCCGUAUCGGCGGACUCAUCGGCCGUCAAGUCCGCCACAUCCCAUUCUCUAGACACUCGGCUUCCGACGCAGCCACACUUUCUACAUACAAGAGUAUUCAUGAAGAGAUUCUGCAGAUGGGUGGCCUCAUGCUAUGCAUUCCAGCCCAUGUUCUUUCGUUCAAAUUGAGCGGGCUGCAGCGUCUUGCAGACCAUCGACUGGAGGAGGGCAAACAAAUGGUGGAAAUUCAGAAGUGGCUGGAUUCUACGUGUCGUGAUAUUUUGGAUGAGUCUGACAUGACUCUGUCUGUUCAUACGCAACUCAUCUAUCCUAGCGGAGAUUUGACAACACUUGAUGGUCAUCCGUAUCGCUGGCUGGUCGUGGAGCACCUUCUAGGUCUUGUGGAGAGCCAUUCAUCAAAUCUGCAAAAGUCUUUUGAAGGAAAAAUUGUUGUUGUUAAGAGACGGCAAGGCUUUCCGAUCCUACACUUCAUCACGACAGAGCCUGAGGAUGCGCUAAAUGAGCUGCUUGUUGAUGAUAUAUGCGACGGUCGGCUACCACAGCUUCAGAUUCGAGAGUCCGGAUCCAAGGAUACGAAGAACCUUAUCAGGAAGAUUAUAAACGGCGCAAAUGUCUCCUCGUCAGAAUGGGAAACCGCGUUGGCUUCACUGAAAGACGAUACAUUUGGGCCCAAAACUCUCUACCUUGUCCGCGGACUGAUAUCACAACGUAUUCUCGUGGUUUGUCUGAAGAAAAAAUGGAAUAUUCAGUACGGUCUGCAUCCAGACAGGCAACCCAUUGCCGUGCCAUUCGAAGCAAAGGGAAUUCCUUCGCAAGCGGCCGAGUACGGACAUCCAGACACGACACUGCUUCUCACGUGUCUCGCUUUCUAUCAACAGGGACUUUCCAAGGAGCAGCUGAAGCAAGGACUACAGGGUGUCGUGCAAUCUGACGAUGCAGCUGCCCACUACGAUCGGUGGGUUUGCUCCUGCACCGCCCUGCCCUCCUCGCUCCGGUCCUGGAGUAUGCUCGACCCCGAGAAUGAGGUCCAGAUGGAGACACUUUGGGCGUACCUGCGUUUUGACCGCACUGUAGUGAACCAUCACCUCAAUACCUAUAUUUUCCCUCGAUUCGCAAAGCAGUUUCCGGUAAAACUCGUGGCGUCCGGGUGGGAUAUUCCAUUGCUGCACUCGGGUGGUGGCAGCCAACCACGCUGUUUGACAACAGGCUUCAGCGGAACCAAUGACAACAAACACAUCCUUCCACAAACUAUUGAGCAGAAUGACUUGCCCGAGUUACUCAACACGAAUGCGCAAGUACUGUGUCACCUUCUGGACAGAAGAAAUGCAGACUGCCACUUGACGGCCGAGGCGGGGGUUCGAUUCGACGAGAAAGCCACUCUGAUGUUUCUCUGCAAAAAUGACAUUCGAGUACUCAUCGAUGCAGGUGCACAUAUUCUUGAAAUGGGGAACCACGAGGUUGCCAGAAAGUGGCUCAAUAUUGAUACGCAAGCGCAAGGCGCCAUCUAUUUUGGGGCCAACAGCCAAAUCAUGGUGUGCUCCAGAUUUCAAAAAGAGCCAAUGCCACUGAUUGCUAGUCCGUUUGCCAAUGAUAUGGAGGCAUGUGUCGUGUACAUUGACGAAGGGCACACUCGAGGAACGGAUUUGAAGCUGCCAGCAGACGCAAAGGGGGCAGUGACGUUGAGCUUGGGCCAAACCAAGGAUCAGACUGUACAAGCUGCGAUGAGACUGAGACAGCUCGGGACAACUCAAUCGGUCGCCUUCCUAGCGCCGCCAGAGGUAUACCGUGCCAUUCUUGACCUGCGUCCGGCUCGCACGCAAGACGAAGUCGGACCCUACCAUCUCACCUCGCAAGACGUCGUCCGCUGGUUGCUUGAUCAAAGUUGCAAAGCCAAUCAGCAGAUGAUGGGUCUCCAUCUCUCGCAGUGUUGGGACUUUUGCCGUCGCACCGAUAUGUUGUGGAAGCACCCCGACUACGCCACGAGCGGGAACGACCUCAAAAAGGUACUCGGUGUAAUUCGACAGGAAGAGCAGCAGACCCUGCAGCACAUGUACGGUCCUGGGGGUCCUCCCGUGCCGACGGACCGCCUCCGUCUGACUUCUCGCCGCCUCUUAACGUUCACCCAGAACGUGGAGCGAAUGGCCAGACACGGGCAGUCGAGCUGCUCGUCAGCGCUCAUGGAAGUAGAACAGGAACGGGAGGUGGUGCUGGAGGUUGAGCACAUGCGUGAAAAGGAAACGCAAAGACGGCACGUUGCGCUUACUUUUCCAGGUCCUGAUCGUGGCCUGCUAGACUUUGUAAAGACUGGCUGCCUUGAUACGCGCGCCACCCGCUCACAGGCGCCGCUGAUGCAGGCCUUUGAGUACAUCGGAAAGACCAAGAUUGGGAGACUGUUUAGAAUACAGGCAACAAAAUCUUGUCUCUACGUCUCUCGCGAAUUUGUUCGUACGAUUGCAGCGAACAAGAUGAUGGAGAAGGAGGAUAUUGUGCGUCCCGUACAUUGGAUUCUGUGGAAUCCGUCGACGGAAACCGGUCUCAUCAUCAUACCGGAGGAGGCGGAUGUUGUCAUACCUCUGCUUCGCAAGAUGGCCAAGCCGCUUGUCUGGCUGCUAGGCUACACUGCUCCCGUGACAAAAUCAAUGCAGAGUUUCCAUUGCCUCAGCUACCUGACGGUCCCCCGAUGGCCCAGCAUUCGCCAGAUACCCUCGUGGCUCGGCAUUGAAGUUGGCAUCUUCAGUGGGCGAUUAUACUUUGACUUUGCAGAGUACGAAGCGCUGCUCGCAUGGCUGGGUCUCCUCCCCGACCAGGAAAUGGCGGCUUGUUUCGGCCGCCGUCAAAGCGAACAGCCCCUACAGUUUCUGCAAGAAUGGCUCGCUUUCCGGCGUCAGACGGAAGAUAUUCUCUACACCCCGGUCGGGUUCGUCUGUCAGCGACGAAUGCUCCACGAGAGCCACUUCUUCUUCUCCCGCUCCGCGGGCGCGUCCUUGGCGGAGGGCACAAUGGGCUCAAUGGGGCGCGAAGAGAUGUUUGGUCAUGAUGACGAUGAUGAUGAUGAAGAAGAUGAUAUGCAGGUUGACUAG